UCCAACAAGAUGUACUUGUUUUCACAACUUUAUCCGCCGCGCUCAUCAAUGUAGAUUCGCGACAAGUUGUAAUAUAUAAAUUGCAAACACGGACAUUUUAGAGUGAAGCAUAAUAGUGCACAACAGUAUAAAGCUUAAUAGUGGGCGAACUAACAAUUUGCUGUCAGAGAUUAUUCUUAUUUAAUAGGAAUAAUAUAAGAUAAGAAGAUGUACAUAUCAUCAAUCAAUACUUUUACAGCCUGUUGGUUGCUUCUUUACUCGAUUAAACCACUUUACAGCGAAGCUAAGAAGUCUCACAUCGGAUCUUAUGAAAUCAAUACAAUAUAUCAGUCCGAGCCGGUUCUUCUUGAAAAACAAGUUCAGUCUAAUGUCUCAAAACUUCCACAGUACAUUUAUCGUAAUUAUCAAUCUAAUUCAAUGCAAUCUGAGUUAUCUUCGAAAGACAUACAUCAUGAAACCUACGUAAAAGAAAAUGUGGCAAAAUCUAUGUCGGAAUAUCAGUUGGGUUAUGAGGAGACCGGAAAAAAGAACGAGGAGAUAAUGCUGAAGAUGGAAGCAUUGGAGAAACUGUUGUCCGAAGAUACUGACAGACAUGAUGUCGAGUCAAAGAACACUGUCGAAGAUAGCAUCAUCGCGGAAAGCAUUCCUGAAGAAACCAAAAGGGUCGUUAGACAAGUUCGUAGACAUCGGCCAGGAUUCUUCUAUACCUUAGCGAGACUUGCUUUCGAAACAUUCAACGACACGCGAUCGGCGAUUCAACAAAUUAGCAACAUUAUCGGCGAAAAUCUCGAACCGGAUACAACCGCGCAACCGCCAAUAGUCAGGAGUAAUCCAUUGCAAGUACAUAAUGCGACGACAGUUGCUACUACUUCACUAUCGAAUGAUCAAAAUAAUUUGUCCAGCAACGAGGCAAAUGUUAAUGUAACGACAGUUAAUGUGACGACGACAACCACGAUGACAACUGAAGCACCUUUCAGAUUCACGCGAACUGGACUGCAAGAUCUAAUAAGCAGAAAUUUGCGUGGAUUAGUGAGACUCUUCAAUAUCGAGUGGCAGGACGCUCUGAAUCAAUCAGAUGUAUCUGUCAGAGAGUUUCAAAGAAAUCUCGGAAAUCAAAUAGGCACUUUUCUGCAAGAUAAUCCAAACGCUUUUUCAAACUAACGAAGACUAUAAAAAGAAGAACAAAAUAAAUGAUGGCGAUAAAAAUAUUAUAAACAAGAAGUUGUAUAUAUAUCUUGUACAUAAUAUAGUGACAGAUUUAUGACAAACAAUUCCAUAAUUUAGCCAAAGAUUACAGUGUUAUCUAUAAAUUAUAAAUAA